GACGAUGUCUAGCUAGGCUAAUUUAAGACAUUGUUUUUAAAAAAAAAAUUCCAGAUCCCACUAAUAAAAAGAGAAUCAACAUGCAACCUUAAAGGCUUAAACCAUUUCCCUUUAGUCUCUCUUGACUGUCAUAGCUCUUCCAGUUCCCACAACAUUACCAAAGAUAUACCAAAACAUCAAAAUUUACUUAAAACAAAAAGUAAUGGAGGCUGCAAAAGUGUACACCCAAGAUGGCACCGUAGACCUCCAGGGCCGUCCCGCCCUCGCGUCCAGGACCGGUCGUUGGAGAGCUUGCUAUUUCCUUCUUGGGUAUGAAGCGUGUGAGCGGAUGGCGUUUUAUGGAAUAGCUUCGAAUUUGGUGAAUUAUUUGACAACGAGACUUCAUGAAGACACGAUUUCUUCGGUUAGAAAUGUAAAUAACUGGUCCGGGGUCGUGUGGAUCACUCCGAUCGCCGGAGCUUACAUCGCCGACACAUACAUUGGCCGCUUCUGGACUUUUACUGUCUCCUCCCUCAUCUACGUUCUGGGGAUGAUUCUCUUAACAAUGGUAGUAACGGUAAAAUCCUUAAGACCGACAUGCAGGAACGGGCUGUGCAACAAGGCAUCCUCUUUGUAAAAAUAGAGCAAUAAGAAACAAGAUGAUGGGUUAAGGUCUCAAGACAAUGGAGAUACCACUACAAGGGACAAACAUGCAUGGUUGGUUAAGGUCUCAAGACAAUGGAGAUGCCACUACAAGGGACAAGCAUGCAUGGUGGGUUAAGGUCUCAAAACAAUGGAUUAUUAGUUUAUCAUAUCUCAUCUACCAUUUACCAUACUUGUAACCACUAUAUAUAUGAGAUGUUCUCAUAAGCAA